AUGACAGACGAACUUAGAACGAUCGAGAGGAAAUUUGGUAACCUCAGCAAGUACAGCAUACAGGUGAACCAAUGGAUCUUGAAGCCAAUAGGCGCCUGGCCUAUUACAAAUUCAACCACCACUGUCGAGAAAAUCACGACACGGAUGUUAACUGUCGUUUGUUGGUGCUUUUCGCUGUUUACUAUAAUUCCUGGCGUUUUAAACAUUAUGCUGGAAAAAGAAGACAUCUACCUUAAACUGAAGACACUUGGUCCUCUCAGUCACUGGUGUGUUGGAGGAUUCAAUUACGCUGUGUUGUUGCUACGUAAAAACGACAUUCAUUACUGUAUAGAGCACAUAAGAACUGACUGGAAGAUGAUCACGAGGUCGGAGGAUCAACAAGUGAUGCUGAAGAACGCGAAACUCGGUCGUUAUGUCGCUGGUUUCUGCGCGGCUUUCAUGCACGGCGGUGUUUUUUGUACGUGUCUUGUAUUAGGAGCGUUCAAACGAACCAUCGAAAUCGGAAACGAGACCAUGGCCGUGUACACUUUACCCUGUCCAGCGUAUAAAUUUCCAGUUCAAACGAAUCCGACGCACGACAUCAUUCUCGGCACGCAAUUUUUGUCAGCGUUUAUCGCGAGUUCAAGUGCAGCUGGGGCAUUCAGUCUUGCUACAGUUUUCGCGAGCCACGCUGUUGGACAGUUGAGCAUAAUGACGACAUGGGUCGACGAAUUCGUAAACCGACAGUCGAGAGAUGAGAACAACAACGACUGUGUUAACAAAAUAGGUAUAAUCGUUGAACAUCAUUUGAGAGUACUGAGUUUCAUAGCACGUAUUGAACAAAUAAUGAGCCCAAUAUGCUUCAUGGAGAUAUUUAAAUGUAUGCUGGGUAUGUGCAUGCCUAGCUAUUACAUCCUUGCGGAAUGGUCUGAACAUAAUAUUCAGAACUUAACUUCCUAUGUCAUGAUAAUAAUAUCUAUGACUUGCAACAUUUUUUUAGUCUGUUACAUCGGUGAAGUAUUAUCGGAAAAGUGUAAAAAAAUUGGAGACAUGGUUUAUAUGACAAACUGGUAUCAUCUGCCCGACAAAAAUAUUCUAAGCAUGAUUAUGAUCAUUUCACGAUCUAGCGUGGAGGUGAAAAUGACUGCCGGAAAGAUAAUCGACAUGUCCGUGUUCACAUUUGCCAGUAUAGUAAAAACAGUUUUUGCAUAUUUAAAUAUGCUCUGUCAGACGACGAUGAUGUAA